GAUAAUUAGGUCUGCUUGCGGCGACAUAACUACUGACGCGUAAACCACCAUAUUUUCCAAACACAAAUAUAAUUAUUGCUAGGUGUCAGAUAAAAACUUGCGAUGACAUACGCUCAUACUUCAUAGUAUCACAGCAAGCUUUAAGAUCAGCAGUGUUCUGUCUCAAGAUGCGGUUGUCGUCGUUCCUCAUUCUGUGUGGCACAGCGCUACUAGCGGACGCAGACACAACUUCAAACAAUUGCGACUAUUACCAGGACGUGGCGGUUGGACGGAAGUACCAAGUUUACUCUCCGAAUUACCCUCUUAGCUACCCCACUGGCAUCGACUGCAGGUGGGAGGCCAUUGCACCUUCCACAUAUAACUUAAUCCUCGACUGCAGUAUCUCCAUACCUAGGAGCGACAAAUGUGUGGAAGACCGAUUCAGUGUGUCUCCAAGAGGAAGAGCAAACCUCAGCGACGCUCAUGUAUACUGUGGAGCAGGAACUUUCUCAGUGGAGACAGUUGGCAAUCGCAUCGUGGUGGCUCUUCAUGUUUCGCGUUUCAGCAGCGGAGGCAAAUUCCUGUGUACUGUCACCACUACCUCACUACCUCGACGGCAAAACUGCACCUGCGGAUUGAAGAAAGAGUAUCGAAUUGUGAACGGACAUGAGACUGGUGUGAACGAGUAUCCUAUGAUGGCCGGUCUGGUUGACUUUCGACUGAAAGACGUAUUCUGUGGAGCCACGGUGAUCGCCACCCGGUACUGCCUCACCGCCAGUCACUGUCUGGUGAAUCGCCCGACGGAAUAUACUGGCGUCCUGAUAGGAGACCACGAUAUAUCAAUUGGUAAUGAGACGAACUCGACCAGGUUGCUAAAUACGGAGAGCUUUCGGUCGCAUCCGCUUUACGACUCGGUAACGCAAGCUAACGACAUCGCCGUCAUACGCGUGGCACAGGACAUCCUGUUCGGCCCGGAGGUGGGACCCGCCUGCCUUCCCUACUUAUACCCCGCGACGAAUGCAGGAACAGUCGUUGAUGUCUUGGGUUGGGGAACAAUAGAGCAUGCGGGAGAGAAAUCAGAUCGGCUGUUGGAAACACAAUUGGAUGUAAUUAGCAUCAAUACAUGUAGAGAGGUAUUUGGCAGCAAAGUGUCCUUGGUCAAUCAGCUCUGCACAUUCAGAAACGGCACAGAUGCCUGUCAGGCCGACUCGGGUGGACCAGUUCUGUGGAUGGGACCAGAGAACCGUCUGCAGCUCGUCGGUAUCAUCAGCUAUGGAAGAGGCUGUGCCACCGAUUUCCCCGGUGUCAACACACGCGUGAAUCCUUAUAUAGGUUGGAUAAUUUCCGUCACUCCUGAUGCAGAAUACUGCAUAUGGUAAAAAGAAUCAUCUAAACUCUGUAACAGCGAUAAAUAAAUCGUUUACAAACAUU